AUGCACGGCUACUCGUCGUCCUCCGAGUCGGACGAGGAAUACAGCUAUCGUCGGAACAAGGGGAAGAUUCCGGUCCCCGCUAACUCCAGCGAAGCCACCAAGAAACAGAAAAAGAAGCUCAAGCUGCCUCCUCAACAAUCCAUAAACCGAAUUUGGAAACGUUUCAGCAGCAAAAGGUUCCACAAGGCUUUGGCAAUCUUGCCAUUCGAUCCUGUCUUGCCGCCCACCAUCUCCGACCGGUCUAAUGAACUGCUCAAUGAGGGGUACGAGCGAGCUGCUGAAGAAUGCCGAAGAAAAGUCAGAAAGAUUAUUCAAGAAUGCAAGAGGGUAAACACACGGUAUCGGGAUCCCGGCUGGGACUUGGACUGGGAUCUUAAGAUGGAAAAGGGCCACUGCCUAAACAGCUUGGGCCGAACCAAGUUUGAUUUGAGCGCGUCUACAUUGCAAAAUCCCAACUCUACCGUGCCCAAGGCAGUAAAGCGUGUACACGAGAUCUACGAGAAGCCUACAUUCAUGGCCAAGAUUGAGGGCUCGGACGUCAAGCAGGGCAGCUUGGGAGACUGCUGGCUGAUUGCUAGCUUGUCUGGCCUUGCCAACGUUAAGGACGGUAUCCAACGGAUAUGCGUCGAAUACGACACCCGGAUCGGCAUUUACGGAUUUGUCUUUUACAGAGAUGGCGAGUGGAUCUACUCAAUUAUCGAUGACAAGUUGUACCUCAAGUCGCCUUGCUGGGAUUCACCAAGCAUGCAGCGUAACUUGCUACAGCAAAUCGAUCGUGAAGAUGUCGAACGGGUGUAUCGUCAAACUUAUCAGACCGGCUCCAAGGCCCUCUUUUUUGGCCAAUGCAAGGACCAGAACGAGACCUGGGUGCCUCUGAUCGAGAAGGCAUAUGCCAAGGCUCAUGGCGACUAUGCUUCCCUGUCCGGAGGAUGGAUUGGCGAGGGUUUGGAAGAUCUUUCUGGCGGUGUCACAACUGAGCUGCUGGCUUCCGACAUCCUCGACCUUGACGGGUUCUGGGAAAACGAACUCAGCAGGGUUAAUGAUGAGUUCCUGUUCGGUUGCAGCACAGGCUUGCUUGACGGCGGUUAUGGCGAGCGUGAAGGCAUUUCCGAAGGGCAUGCCUACGUCGUCAUGGAAGCAAAGACAUUGAAAGGCGGCACACGCCUCGUCAAGCUUAGGAAUCCCUGGGGUAAAACCAAAAAGGGAAUUUGGGAAGGCGCGUGGUCGGACGGUUCGAAGGAGUGGACCACCGAUGUCCAGGAAGAGCUCGGUCACCAGUUCGGCAGUGACAGCGUCUUCUGGAUUUCCUACGAAGAUCUGUUGCGCAAGUACCAGCACUUUGACCGUACUCGUCUGUUCCGCGACCCUGACUGGCGCUGCUGUCAGAGAUGGAUCGGUGUGGAGGUGCCAUGGAAGCCUCAGUACAACGAGAAAUUCCACUUCAAGCUGACUCGUGAGUCGCCCUUGGUAUUGGUCCUCAGUCAGCUCGACAACCGGUACUUCAAGGGUCUCCAUGGUCAAUACUCCUUCCGUCUACACUUCCGUGUCCACGAACAACACAGGCCCAACGCUGAAGACUACAUUGUCCGUAGCCAUGGUAACUAUUUGAUGGACCGGUCAGUAUCUAUUGAGCUGCCCUCCAUGUUACCUGGCAACUAUAGUGUCUUCAUCAGCAUCAUCGGAGAGCGCAACACCAACCAGCCCAGCAUCGAGGAUGUGGUGAAGCGGGAAUGUAAGAAGCGUGUCGAGAACGAGAAGCUCGCCCAAGUCGGAUAUGCCUACGAUCUUGCCCACAGCAAGGCUGCCGCCCAUCUGGAAGCUGUGAAGGCCCUUCGGAAGAAGGCCGACCAGAAGAAGGCUAGCGAUGCUCGUCAGAAGGAGCGUUAUCGUUUGUGGGAAAAGCGUCACCUCAACCGCCAGAUCACCAAGAAGCAGGGUCGCAAGAACAACCAGAAGCUCGAGGCCAAGCAAGCUGCGCGCGAGGAGAAGAAGCGUCGGGAGGAAGAACUGAAGCCAAAGGAUGUCGGUGUUCAGACUGAGGAGACCAAGAACCAGGAGAAGCCAGAGGAGAAGAAGGCCGAUGAAACAAAGCCCGUGGAACAAGCCAAGAAGACCGAGUCGGGCUCUGAUACUGAGAAGCAAGACGUCAAGGCUGCCGAGGCUAACGGAAGUCCUCAAGGCACACCUCUUGCCACGCCUGCCGAGACACCAGCGGUCGAGAAGACCGAGAGUCAAGCUUCCGGUGGCGUGAGCGCUGUGACCAAGGCUGAAGAGAAGUCUGAUAACAAGGCCGACCAAGAAGGCAAUGUUCCUUCAUCGGGCAGCUCUGAAGCCUCUAGCGGUCCUUCCUACACUCCCAAGACUGAUAACUCCGUAGCCGACGCUGCAGAUGAGAAAAACAAGAAGGUCCCUGUCCCUCCUGCUACCGACUCCAAGGUAUCUGGUGGACCUCCUGCUGCUGCUGCUGAGAAGAAGUCCGAGGACAAGCCCGCCGCUAAGAGCAGCCCACCUAAGAAGAAGUCACCCAACAUGUACGUCACUUCGGAUGGUGAGUCGAGCGCCUCCCCCAUCGAAGACUGGGAAGAGCUCUAUAGCUCCGACGACAUGACACGCAAGCCGCGCAUGAACGCAGCUCCCGCUCCCGGAAGCGUCAUGGUCAGCAAGUACAAGGACGAUACCGAGGACGAAAACGAGCCGGAUCCGUGGAAUGCUAUCUGCGUCGUCGGUCUUCGGGUGUACUCCAAGGACGAGGAUCUCGAGCUGCGCAUCGUCAUGGAGGGCGGCGAGCUUGAGGAAGGCGGUAUGGGUGAGAAGGGUGGAGUCGAUCUCGAUAACGCUCAGGCCAAUGCUGGUGGUGCGAGAAUCAGGAAGGAGGGUGAAGGAGAAGAUGCGUAUGAGGGCGAUAGUGAGGAGGAGAGGAAGAAGGGAAAGCAUAAGCAGAGGAGGUAUUCGGUUAUUGUGCAGAAGGGCAAGGGUGAGGAGGAGUAUGAGAGUGCGGUGGAGAGUCAGAAGGAGGCCUGGUGAUAAGGCCUAGACUGCAUUUGAGCGCGGGCAUGCAUUAGAGGAGAGCG